ACACAGCACUGUGAAGUCUGGUCAAUACUGCCUAUUGAUUCUCUCUAUCACUAUUCCGCUUUCUUUUUAGAAUCUGCAGAAAAAUUUGGCUGCACAGUGAAUGUACCGGAUACUACACACAGCAGAGAAACUCCUGAUUUCUCGUCAUAGCGACGAUGGGAACUACACCAUGUCCAGUCUCCUCGUAACGCAGUUUCACAAGUUGAAGUGAAGCGAGUAGGCCAAUCCAUGGUUAGUAUUGAUACCGUACACUGCCAUUUCCUGUUCACCAAUGAGUCGGAUUGGAAUUCCUUGCAGAGCUGUGGGAGUUGCUCCCAGAGUAAUGUUGUUCAGAGACAGAACACACUAGCUACUGAAUGAAUGUGAUGAGGAGGUUGUGUAUGUUGACUCUUGGGGCAAACUGUUUUCAUUGAUGACCAGGAAUUGAUGUAUUGAAGCAAGGGUUCCUAGCUAUGCUUAGCAUCAUUCCUGAUCAGUUGUGUGUGUGUGCAGUUCAAGUAGGUCGUUGUUCCUGGAAUCGUGGCGCUAAGGACUUCAUACUGGUGGCAAAAUUUUGGAAUUUAUAAUUGUUCACAUACAAAAGUUAUUAUUAACUAAUUUCAUUUACAACUUGUGUGAUGAAAUUUUCAACACUGUUUCCCAUGCUUCCUCUCGUUACGAAAUGACACAGUUGAUGUGCACUACAGAAAGUUGACAAGUUGAAUAGGAACAGACACAAACAGUUGGACUUUAGAAUAAUUUUCCAACAUGGAUUUCCUACGGAGGCGUUUAUCUCAAGGAGGAAGUAGCGAUGAGGAACAGAGAUCUUCAUCGUCAAGUAUUUCCGAGGGAACGUCCAGAUUUUUCAGCUCUGUCGUUGCAAAAAAGAAUGGAUUGUUGAACAAUAUUUCCUCAAAGAUUGAAAAUGUUGGAGCGCGUCUAACAAAGUCUUCUAGCAGUAGCUAUGACUCCAGCAGUGGUGAAAAUAGUCCAGCAUUUCUCCCAACCCCAACUAGUGAGAAAUCAAAAGAUUUGUUGUUUCCUGACCAUGAUAAUUAUGAUACAAAAUCUGUAAGUUCUUUUGCCUCAACUAUAAACCCAAGUGUUCAAAUUCAAUAUGGCCGUGAUCGCCAUGACAGCUCUUCAGGAUAUUCUGACAGUAGUGGAAAUGCUGACAACCACUCUUUAUCAAAUAUGAACAUGAGCUUUGAGGAGCCUCUCUAUUCUCCAACAGGUAAAAGGCCUGGGGAUACCAUUGAAACACAAUAUGAUCAUCAAUUCAUAGAAAAAAGUGCAAAUGAGCGAAAUGAAAAGGACAAUGUUCAAUAUAAUAAUGGAAAUAACCAUCAGGUUGUAGCAGACGUACAUGUUGACCAAUCAAAUUUCAUUGAUAGACAUAAGAUUAGUGCUGCACAUAUAAAAAGUCCAACGUCACCUUGCAUAUCUUCCCCUGAUUCAGGAAAAUCAACACCUUCUGAAGUUUUCAGCAAAAAUGGAUCCCGACCAAGGGCACCAAAAUUUACGACGACAAAGCGUAGAUCAAGCACUGUGGAUGAAAUGCUUUUUGACGAUUAUGUCCCACAACCAGAGGAGAUUGAACAUAAUGACGAAGUUGCAGAUCAGGUGGGAGCAUUGGUAGAACCAGACUCCAAGAGUUCAAACCGGAGGAGUUUGAUCCCUCUUGGAGAUCUCAUGUCAUUCGAUGAUGAUCAGGAGAGUGAAAAAGAUUUGUCAAACCACAGACAAAAGAUUGAGGCCACCAGCGUAGAUAGGAAUACACAGGAUGUGUCUACCAAGCAGGUCUCUCUUGAUCAGAGUGUCAGUAGUAUAGAAAGUUCUGACUGGGGAGGUUACGAUCAGCAGACUAGUGUUGACUCCUCAGAGAACGACUUCGGGGGAUAUCAGGUACGACACCGGACUGGAUCAAUGGGGUCGGAGAACUCUUGGAGCUCUUCUUACAGUAUAGAAAGCCAGCCUGAUGACAUCACGUUGGAGUGUAUGAGCUUCAUGAAACAGUUUGUUGAGAAAAUCUUCAAUGUCAGUCAUUCCAUAUCACAAACAGAGAAAGCUAAGUUUGGGGAGCUGUGUCAGUUUGGUCCUGGCCGUUUGUGGUUUGCCCGAUAUGUCAACUCCCAGAGAGUCCACAAUAAGAAUGUGUCAGAACAGAUAUUUUUCCAGUUGGUGCAGUACUUCGCUGUUGUUCUGUUUGAAUGUAACGAGGCUGAAGACUUCUCACCUGCAAAAUCUCUGAUGAACAUGUGCUUUACCUUCUUCUAUGAAAGUCACCAUGGUAACGUGAGUGGACGUAACUUCCUGUACAGUUUUCUUCGAGAACAACCAAUAUGGCAGUCCUUACGUUUCUGGAAUGCCGCCUUCUUCGACGCUGUUCAGUGUGAACGUGCCAGACAGCCAAUGUGCACAAGCCAGGAAACAGACCAAGCUCAGACUGAUGAUAAACAGUUCCAGGAAAACAUCACCUUUGGACAGCUUGGGACAUUCACAUGCAACAUGAGAUCGUUUGGAUUGAACAAAGAUCUGUGCUUAGAGUUUCUCAGGAAGCAGUCAACAAUUGCCAAUCUGAGAGAGGAACAAGUUCAAAUGCUGAGAGAUAAUGUGGAAAAAUUGAAAGAAACAUAAGUCUUUGGGAAUGCAUAGGUUUUAAAAACAUACUGAUGUCCCAUAAUAUAUCUCAUAUCAACAUAUACUCAAGAGGAUUCAGAUGUGGCAGAUCUCGUGUGUAUGAUACUAUGUCGAGUGAUGGAUCAUUAAUUCACAUCAUUUAAGUUAUAGCAUUUGUUCUAUAACUGUAUUGUCUAAGUGUUUAUAAUGUUAAUAAGUCCCGUUUAUUGUUUGACUUUUAUCAAAAAUAAUCUGUUUUUAAAAAAUAUCCCUUCAGUAGCCAGUAGGUGAAAGAAACGAAAAUCUUAGAGCAAUGAAAGGCUUACUUAGGCCUAAUAUGUUAAUUUCUGAUUAUUUAUUUAUCAGAUAUUUCUAUUAAGGAUACAUUUCAAAUUUUUUGUUAUCUGUUAAGAAGUUAAAAGAAAAUAUUUUAACUUUUGAUGUUUUGUUGUUGAAAAUUUCUGUAUGGAUUAUGUUUUUGAAUGUUUUAAAUCUGAAUAUUUCAGCUGUAAAGAAGGAUACAUGCCAAUAUUGUGAUAUUACAUUUCAUUCCGAAUCAAACGUCAUUUGUGUAAUAGAGUAAUUGUAGUUGUCAAGCGAGUCAUAUUACUGUUCAUAUAAUCUCUAUAUUCAUUGACACAAUUUACAAACAUACGGUUAUAAAUUAAUACAGGGGAAACUGUGUCAACAACACUUUGGGAAUUCCAGGCUUUUUAUAACGACAGUUUUAAAAUCAAGGUUUUGCCAUAAUACACCUUUAAGCUGUUUAGUGCUACAUAGACCUAAUGAAUACAAUAUGUAAUCAUACAGUUGACCAUGAGUGCAGUUGAAAAACAAUGAAUUUAUGCAAUAAGACUGGAUAUAAUAAUGUCGCCACUAUGUUUUCAAAACAGAUAAUUUCCAAUAACGUGAAUAGACACAACUGGUAUUAAAUACGACAACCGGACCUAUCAUAUCCAUACUUACCCACUACAACACGUUUCAUAAUUCCAAUCAACUUUGAACUUUGAGCACUCCAAGUGGUUUACCAAUGACUUCCAUCUGCUGUAUGAAAAUAGGGUUGACAAACAAUCUUGACUGAAAUAUUACAAAUUUGCUGUAGAAAUGUUAUGGUAUGUGGUACUUGUCCCUGCGGGGAACUCCGAGAAAUUAAUAGUUUGAAACGGUAGCGUUUUGUGACAUUAUGUUAUUAGUACCUGAAAUAUAAGCGGACAGGAUGUUGUGAGGAAUAAUUUGAUCUCAGUGUGUAUCCCCUACAAGUAAAACAAAUAUUAUUAGUAUAUAGAUAACAAAUAAUAUAUCUUACUUAACAGUUUUAUUACUUCAAAACUAAGGUUGUCAAUAAAAAAAUAAUCAUAUGAUUUAGGAACCUUUGUGGUGGCUAAUGAAAGUAAAAUAGAUUUUAUUGUAUAUAUAUGUAGAGUUUGUCUGAGUAAAACAAAAUUAGAAUUAUUAUACUGUCUUGUCGUAGACUAUGAAUUAUAUGCCUUAAAGAAAUGUAGUUCUCCAGAGAUAGCGGUUUACACACGUUUAUAUAUAUCAUUACAUUGAUUAGGAAAAUGUCCAUUGUGUCCCCAUAGAAAUUUGAGAAAUCAAUACAAAGAUGCUUUUUGGUGCAAUAUGCUUAUUGAAUAGCUAAUUAAAUGUUGUACGUAUUAGAAUUAUAAAAUGUUAUUGAAUAGUGUAAAAUGAAAAUAAAUUAUCCUGAGAGAGAGAGAGAGAGAGAGAGAGAGAGUAUUCAGUACACAAUGUAGUUAUAGAGUGUAUUGAGGAAGUCCCUGUGAACAUUUGUAUGGGUAGACCGUAUAUCUGUUAAAACUGUUACCAUCACCAUGUUAUCAUCUUAUUCUAGUGUUAUAUGUCAGUUAUUGUUAAUGUAUCCCAUAAUACUGAACUGGUAGUAUAUCAACCAUAUUAUGAAGCUAUAGUGAUCCUGUCGCCAUUUUUUCCCAGCAAGGGUUGAUAUCCGAGAGGGUUUCAUUGUUGCUGUGAAAACUGUGUCCUGGAUUCUUGUGGAUUUGGUUUUUUAUAGACUGGUUUGACUGUAGAUAAUCAGUGCUAGUUUUGUACAGAAUAUAAGAGUAGUAUGACUUUGGGUUGAUUGUGGAUACAUAAGAUUUUGUGCAGAUCAAAUGCAGUAUCUCUCCUGUAUAGCAAGUUGGAUGAUAGUGGAUAAGCCAUGUUAGAGUUAAUAUAGAAAACAGAAGUCUGCCCUAAACUGUAGAUUGUUUGGGAUAAAGCAUGAUAGAUUGUUUUUACGGAAAACAGAAAUCUGCUCUAAAACACUGGAUAGGUUGGAAUAAAGUAUGAUAUACUGUUUUUGAUAUAAGGAAGAAAGACAUAUUCUUAAGUACCCAAUUGAAUAAAGGCCCACUGGAUGGUGUUUUGGAUUAAACAAGUUAGAUAAAUCUUUUUGGAUAUAGGAAAGAUUCUGUCUCCUACAACACUAGAUUGUGACAAACUACCGUUAGAUAGAUGGUAGCUGUAUUAACGAAUACAUAGAUGUCACAUUUCAUGUAUGGAAUAAUGUCAUACAAAAUAAAUAUUGAUUUACUUAAUAACAAAAUUUGAACUAAUUUAACGCAUAUCUAUAACAGUUUAUAUACAACAAAAACAGUGACAAAUAUGUUCAAUCUGUCUUCAAAAUAAAUUAAAAAUACCACUGUCCAUGGUUGUGGUGGUUUUGUAGGAGAUGGAUUGUAAGUACUGACUGAUGACUGUGAUCUAACAUGUACCUUCUAAUCGUCAUUAUAUAGAAACAAUGUGUGAGUGCUGGAAUAUUGUAGAAUGUUGAUUUUGUAAAGAUUAUUAAUAAUUAUCAAGUGUUAAGUUUUUUAAAAACAUGUAUUUAUGUUAUAUUCAAUUCAAUUGUUGUCAUAUGUUAAAUUUAUAUAAAUAUGGAGGUGUUCAUUUCAUUGGUGAUGUUAAAGUUACUGUUUUAUUUAAAAUGUUCUUUAAUUUUAAGAAAAGUUAAAUUCCCUGCUAUAAAAUGUUUAUCAGAUGGUGUCACACACCAACAUACAUACAUUUGGUAUAGUACACGUUUCCGGAUGGAAUAUAACAAACAUCGCCUGUGGUAGCGUCGUGGGAUACCACAGUUGAUUUCACUACACUACGUUACACUAAUAAGAUAACCACAGUUAAUAGAUUGUGUAAGGUUGUGUAGUUCAAUCAACCGUGGGUACCCGAUGAUGUGAGCGGCCCUGACACUAAGGCAGACAAUCCAGUCUCAGUAACAUUUACCUGUCCUAAUAAACACAACGCUACCUGUCCUCGGAUGAUUCGUGUAUGAAGAUAUGAUACAUGAUACAUUUUUAAAUAUGUUGUUGGGUUUAUUUUUAUUCCACUAUAUAAGCUGUAUGUGACCAGAGGAACACAAUCCCCUGACAUCCAUUCCUUUGCUGUGUGGGUUUGUCUACAUACAAAUGUGUUGUUUUUGUCCCAGUUGAAAAUGUUUGUGUCCCAGUUGAUGAUAUCUAUAUUAGAAUGUGUUCAUUUGAAGUCAAUAAUACAAUUGUUAAUGUGAUAUAGAGGAUACCAGCCACCACGAUACACAUAGGAAGUUCACACAUCCACAUACAUUAGAUAAAGGCACAGAAUACCCCAUAUCUCUCUCUCUGCUGCCAUUGAAAUCUAGAAAUAAAUGUUUGCAUUGUAA